GCAAACAAGUCAUCUCGAGUCACGUGUAGCACGUGCUCGGGCGCGCCCCUCAUUAAGUAGUCAAGUGGCGUGUUCCACUUCUUCCCACGCGAAAUUUGGAAGACGCACCCCCUGUUUCCCUCAAUUUACAUCCACCACCAUCCCAACCAGCGAACAGAGACUUUGAAGUACCACUGAAGCCUUAUGGUUGCCUCGAAAUCCAAAAAGACGUCCAAGUAUACGUAUGCGGAACGGGUUCUGAGCGCAUUUUCGCAGGCACAGAAAGAGCACAGGAGGCACAGUAUCCACCUCGCUACCCUUCGUGCGCACGUGAGAAAAAUUGCGAAAGAAAAGAAAGAUAAGCUGGGACCUCAGUGGGCAUCAUGGGUAGGAAAAGCUGUUAAGAAACUUGAAGAGCAGGGAGUUUUGCAGCCCGCUGACUCUAAUGGGCAUGUAGGCAUGACCCCAGAAGGUAAAAAAGCUCUCUCCUAUGCUCGUCGCAAAUUCCUUCCGACCGCCACCGGGGACGCAUCACCUGCACAAGAGGACGCUGUCUGGAAAAACGUCACCGAGCAUUUCUCUCCAUCAGUACAUAAACGGCAGCGCGCGAGAUCCGCGUCUCGUUUAAGGUCGGUUCUUGGCGAGGAAGAAGUCGAGGAAGAUAGCGCUUCCGUGCGCGGAAGUCCUAGGGCAAAGAGACGGCGACGGGCACCGUCCCCUGUCAAGUCUCCCGAGCGGUCCUUGACAAAGAUGACAAAGGCAGAGCUCCAAACUAAGGUCCGAGAGCUCCAACGGGCAAAACUUACGGAUCAACAGCUGAAGGCUCAACUUGCUAACCGCGAGGAGCAGCUGCGCGACGUACAAGAUGAACUCAGGACGUUGAAGCUCUCAGCUCAACGGGCGCGCGCGGUUAUGCAAGAAGAAGAACUGACGGAAUUGGAUGAUCAGGAAUUCCAGCACAACAUGGAUGAAGAAUUUCCGGUGCUUGAUUUCCCGACAUUUGAUGUCCAGAUACCACGCGCUGGAACGCCUGCAGGGCAAGGUGCAGGUGUGAUACGGACCCAAUCGGGCUCUAUUAUUCACGAUAUCUCUAUGCGGCCCACUCCUGCACCAAGCUCUCCUGAUGCAGAAUGCGACCGGAGGUACGGAGGCGACGAAGAUGUAUUUGCGGACCAGCAGCGCCAACAUCUUCGUACUCCUGAAUCUCUGCCAGACCGCAGGGCCCCAGAGAUUGUUGAAGCGCAACAGCCUGCUUGGACGAACACCAUUGAUGCUAUGAAACUGGAGAUCGCGGAGUGCGCGACUGAGUGCCAAACUCUCAAAGAUACGGUGACCCGACUUCAGAACGAGCAUGACAUCCUAACAGGCACGCUUGAUAGCCACAAGUCACGCGUAGCCGAUCUUGAGGGCGAAACCCAGCACCGUCAGACCAUGAUCAACGAACUUGAAUCUCGGAAGCGCGACCUUCAACAAUGCCUCGCCGAUCGUGAUGACAAUAUCACCCAACUCCAAAACACAGCUCUCGAGAACGAGCAAGCUGCCAUCGAACUUAAGAAGACGCUCGCUCAGAAGGACACCUCGUUGAAUGCCAUUUCAACAGAAGCCGAGACACUUUUGCGCAGCAAGAAUGAGAUUACCGCCAGGGUGCGGGGAUUGGAAGAGGAAAUAAUUGCUGCGCGGAGCGAGAAUAGGCGCUUGACAGACGAGCUCGCUAGUUCUCGCAGAGGAGAAGAAACCCUUCGAGAGCGCAUGACGGAACUCGUGCAGACCACAGAAGAAAGACAAGGAGAACUUACACAAGCCCUAAGUGUUGCGCAGAACGAAGCCGGACAUGGCGCUGUGCUCGCUAAGGAGCUCCUCGUCAUGACCGAGGCUACCAACGAGCUCGAGAAACAGCUCUCUAAGGCCAAAAACACCGUCAAGAACUUCAAAGCUGAACUCACAGAAGUCUAUGGAUUCAAUGGUCAGCUUCAGCUGGCUUUAGGUGGAUCCAAGAAGGAGAUUGAAGAGUUGAAGAGCAAGAUCACGUUCGCUGAGAAGAGGGAGGGAGAAUUGUCGUCGAAAUUGCUCGCCGCUGAUGCGACGAGGCAGUUUUUGGAGGAUGCCGCUGCGACUAUGAAGAAUGCAUCACGAGCCGAACACGUGAAGGCGCAGUCUACCAUUCUCGGGCUCCUCGAGAAAAUUGACGGACUGCAAAUUCUGCGCGACAACGAAACGCAAGGGUCUACUGUCAGAAUUACAGCUCUGGAAGGUGAAAUCGAGGGUCUUCGAUGGAACCUUCGCAGCGCGAACGAGGCUCAGCAGAGUGCCCUCGAUGCGUUCAACCAGUCCAAAGACGACUUUGCGCGCUUGGAGAAUUUGUUCACCGCGGAGCAGGUCACUUGUAAUGAUCUUCGGGUCAGUCUGACUGAAGCGGAGGAGCAAGUCUCUAGCUUGAGAGUAGCAAAGAAAGCCGAUGAGUUGACCAUGGUCACUGUCAAGACGCUUUAUGAAAAAUGGAAGAGAAUGCAUGCAGACUGGAUAUCUGAUUUGGAGAAUACGCUUUCUCAUGUGCAACCGGCAUCAUUAGCAAGCGCGUAGCGAUGUAUCUGCAUGAACUAAUGCAGACCGAAGGAAAUUUGGCGGUCCUCAUAUAGGCCAUUGACGAGGUUGAUCUGGACCUAAACAUUUACUGAGGAUAUAACAAUAUCUGUCUUAAUUUUGAGGUGCUAGCUUUGCGUAGGCUAAGUAGUUCAAGUAGUGAAAUCAAACUGCUCAUCUCUGGA